GACAACGGCUGCCUCCAUCUGGUCCUUCCCCGCGGCCGUCCGGGCUUUGGAGCAAGGGGGGGGAGAGAAGGAGGGGUGGGCACGCAAGAGGCCGUCAAAUCCUGUCCCACUUGCCCCUCGCCUCUCCUUUCUUUUGUCGUCCCCCCUCCCCUCCCGGGCGAUCCCGGGCUCAUCCCGCCGUUUCUCGCAGUCUUCGUCCCCUUGAAUCCCCGCGCCGGGGCCGAGGCGCCUCCCUCCUCCGAGGCCGCCUGCCCGCUGCGCCAAUGCCUGGGAUAGGGGCCAUCGGAGCUCGGUGCAGGCACCGCCCGAGGAGGCGUCCCAAGAAGGGCGAGGAGAGCGGCCACCAGCCCCAGGCCGACGCCGGCGGAGAGAGGGCCAUGGACGCGGCCAUCUGGAUCUACCAGUUCCGCCUGAUCGUGCUGGGCGACUCCACGGUGGGCAAGUCGUGCCUCUUGCACCGCUUCACCGAGGGCCGCUUCCCGGGGCCCAUGCACUCCGACCCCACCGUCGGGGUGGAUUUCUUCUCCCGCCUGGUGGAGAUCGAGCCGGGCAAGAGGAUCAAGCUGCAGCUCUGGGACACGGCGGGCCAGGAGCGGUUCAGGUCCAUAACACGCUCCUAUUACCGAAAUUCAGUGGGAGGUUUGCUGGUAUUUGACAUCACCAACCGGUCUUCUUUUGAAAAUGUGUACAAUUGGCUGGAUGAAGGCAAAAUGCACGUAGAGCCCUUCCAAAUCGUGUUCAUCUUGGUGGGUCACAAGUGCGACUUGGAGGCAGAGCGUCAGGUGGGAAGAGAAGAAGCCGAAGAACUGGCCUCCAACUGUGGCAUGAAAUACAUAGAAACCUCUGCCAAGGAUGCCACCAAUGUUGAAGAGACCUUUACCAUCCUCACCAAAGAUAUCUACGAACUUGUGAAGAAAGGAGAGAUUUCGAUGCGGGAUGGAUGGGAAGGGGUGAAAAGUGGUUUCGUUCCAAAUGUUGUCCAUUCCUCAGAAGAGGCUGCCUCCCUUGGAGACCACUGCCCCUGCUAAACCGCUUGCAAAAAAGCCAUGGAAGGUAACUGGGUGUUUGGAUAUUAAGGCCAAUACAUACAAAAGGGUGUUUAUGAAGGUGAAUCAUAGAUCAUGGAUAAAGUGAUGUAUGACUUCUAAGCUGUCUGUUGCUCCUGUGUCGGCCACACAGCUCCUCGAAGGAUCUUGAGAAUCACAGCUUUCCAUUUAAAAGCAAAGAAAGCUUCUACUGCUUAAACAUGGGAUGGCAAAGAUAGUGAAAACAAGGAGGCAGAUUCAAACAGAAGUCUGAAUUCUUUGUUUCUCAACUUUUAAGGGAUUUUUAAAAUUACAUUCAGAUUUUGUAAAGGCUGACUCAGGUUUAUUCAACCUUUGUUGUAAAUAACUUUUGAGAAUGCUGAAACUACGAAUGUUAUGUGACAAGCAGUGUGUCCACCAUCUAUGCUUUGCAUGAAAAUAUUAUGCAAAUUACAGGAAUUGCAUGCAGCAGAGACCAUGCAGUUCUGUGAAGAUUCUUGGGCUUUGUUAUAUUUUCAGUGAGGUCCUCAGCACUAAUCAUGUUACAUAGGCCUACAUGGAACACUGACUAUGAGAUCAUAAUGAUCCACUAAUAUCACAAAAUGGUAACUAAAUGUUGUAUUUUGCUUAUUUGUCCCACAUUUUUAUUGAUUUAAUUUAAUUUAAUUUCUCCAGUGUUCCAGUUAAUCCCCUUGCUGUAAAAAGAAUGUUCCCUUUCAUUACUCCAAAUGGAGUCUCACAGUGCUGUCCAAGUUUGGAUGGUGAAUAACUUUCAGAGUUGUUGACUGGAAAAAGAAAAUUUUCCUCACACUGCUGCCCAGGGAACUUUUCUGUUGUACUAUAUAGCUCCAGCUACAAAUCUAAGACUUUGAUGGUAAAUCUCUGAGUCCCAACAGGCAGAGAUCUAUUCAAUCAGUGGGAUGUUGUUAAUCAACACUUAUGUAAGAUGCAUUGAUUCAAGAGGUCUACUGAAUUUGGGACCAGCAAUUUCAUAAAUUAUAAUUCUGGAUGACUGGAAAUGCAUUCCACCUUAAUUGUAAGUCCAGGAUCCCUAAUAUCAAGUCUGAAUAAUCAAUCCUAUCCUCCUCUGCCUUCUGUUUUCUCUCAUUCUAAAGUUUUCCAAACAACUGAUGAGUGUAUUUCAAAACUGUUCCCCACAGACUUGACCAGUAAACUCCCAGUCUGCCUGAUUUCUAGUUUUGGACAGACCAGAUUUCUAGAACCUAGCCCCACUGGCUGGGGAUGAUGGGAGCUGAACUCCAGUACGUCUGGAGCACACCAGCUUGGGAAGGCUGCUUUAGACACUCUCCCCUCUCCUCUGAGUUUGGAAAUAUUAUUUUGUUGGAUAGCAGCUCCCAGAAUCCCCAUCUAGCAUAGCCAGUGGUAAUGAUGAUGAUAAUAAGAUGACAGAGGUAUGAGGUUUUAAAAAAAGUAAUAUUUAAGAACUCUGCCUUUAUCUUUAUGGGAUCUGAUACCAUCCACAUUCUGUAAGCUCCCCAUGUCCUUCAACAUAGCUUUUGUUGUGUCAGUUUUUAAAUAUCUUUUUUUUUCAAUUCACCAGUUUGCAUACUUAUAACUAUACAGGCUACAUACCCUCUAAUUUGUUAUUCCUCUCGCACAUGUGACUCUGCCCCCCGAGUGGCAUUCCAUCACAACCGGAACUGAACGGGCUGCGUGGCAGAGGAGGAAAGUUUUGCGGAGGGGGGUUGAGUCGCACACAUGCCUUCGAGGGAACCUUGUGUU